CGCCCUGCGUCCUGCCUGCCUGGCUCGCUGCUUCCCACCCUCUGCCUCUCCCGGAGCCUCUUUCUCUUUCACUUUUGCAUGCCCUGCAACCUUUUAAAAUGUUGCCCCUUCCCUGUGAUUCGUCAGACGCGGCGGCAUGUCCCCUCUCUCGCGCUCUCUCCCUCUCCCUUUUUUGUCUCCCUCUCCCUCUCUCUCUCUCUCUCCCCCCUCUCUGAUUAGACACACUGAUUCUUCAUUCAAUGGACGUCAUUUAGAACAGGCUCUGCCUUGAGUUGCUUCCUCGCUUCACGCUCGAUUUCCAGCCAUUCUUCCCUUAUUAAGUAUUCGUGUAAUAUUAAUAGUCAUGAAUAUCUGCUAUUAGGAGGCUGGAGGAAGGCAGCGGCACAUCGCGGCUAUUAGGAGCUCAAGUGGAGCAGCAGCUAAGUCCAAGAAGGAGGAAAGGAGCCAGAGAGAGGGAGGAAAAAGAAAAGAAAAAAGAAAAAAAAAAAGGAUUCAGAAACAAGCCCACAAAAACCAAAAAAAAAAAAAAAGAAAAAAAAAGACUAAUAAACUUUGAUCCUCCUCCUCCUCCUCCUCCUCCUCUCAGGACAGCCUAGAGAUCGCCUUUGCAGCCGCACAUGAAGGGCAUCAGGACCUGGUGCAAGUUCUGAUGGAUUAUCGUAACGCUGCCUCGCCGCACGAGAGGUCCUGGCGGUGCGGGCUCGUAGGCAGAGUCUAGAGCCGGGCUCCUCUUUUUUUGUGCGAGAGCGCGUGUGAGAGUGAGUGUGUGUGUGUGUGCGCGCACAAGGGGGGCACUUCUCCUCCGUGUUUUUUCUCCCCCGGCUAGUUACCCCCCAGCCGCUUCGCAGAUGUUAGUACACAGUUUUUCAGCGAUGGACCGUCACGACGGCACCAGCAACGGGACGGCGCGGCUGCCCCAGCUGGGGACUGUGGGGCAGUCCCCGUACACCAGCGCCCCUCCGCUCUCGCACACCCCCAACGCCGACUUCCAGCCCCCCUACUUCCCUCCCCCGUACCAGCCCAUCUACCCGCAGUCUCAAGAUCCGUACUCCCACGUUAACGACCCCUAUAGCCUCAACCCCCUGCAUGCCCAGCCGCAGCCCCAGCACCCGGGCUGGCCAGGACAGAGACAAAGCCAGGAGACGGGGCUCUUGCACACGCACCGGGGGUUACCGCACCAACUCUCCGGCCUGGACCCUCGAAGGGAUUACCGGCGGCACGAGGAUCUACUGCACGGCCCGCACGGGCUCAGCUCAGGACUAGGAGACAUCCCCAUCCACUCCAUACCUCACGCUAUCGAAGACGUGCCGCAUGUAGAAGACCCGGGUAUUAACAUCCCAGAUCAAACUGUAAUUAAGAAAGGCCCCGUGUCCCUGUCCAAGUCUAACGCCAACGCCGUCUCCUCCAUCCCCAUCAACAAGGACGCGCUGUUCGGCGGGGUGGUGAACCCCAACGAGGUCUUCUGCUCCGUGCCGGGCCGCCUCUCGCUGCUCAGCUCCACCUCCAAGUACAAGGUCACGGUGGCGGAAGUGCAGAGACGCCUCUCCCCGCCCGCGUGCCCCAACGCGUCUCUGCUGGGUGGAGUGCUCCGGAGGUACCAGUUGCCUUCAGUUUUGCCAGGUUUCCUCCUCCUGCCUGUUCCUCACAUCCAACUUUCCUUCACCAUCAACAUUAUCUUCUGGGCGAAAUCUAAAAAUGGAGGGAGAUCUUUGAGAGAGAAACUGGACAAAAUAGGAUUAAACCUGCCAGCCGGGAGACGUAAAGCUGCUAAUGUCACCUUACUCACGUCGCUAGUGGAGGGAGAAGCAGUACAUCUAGCUAGAGAUUUUGGGUACGUUUGUGAGACAGAAUUUCCUGCCAAAGCAGUAGCUGAAUUUCUCAACCGACAACAUUCCGAUCCAAACGAGCAAGUCACAAGAAAAAACAUGCUUCUAGCUACAAACAAGAUCUGCAAAGAGUUCACCGACCUGCUGGCUCAGGACCGAUCUCCCCUGGGGAACUCGCGGCCCAACCCCAUCCUGGAGCCGGGCAUCCAGAGCUGCCUGACCCACUUCAACCUCAUCUCGCACGGCUUCGGCAGCCCGGCCGUGUGCGCGGCCGUCACCGCCCUGCAGAACUAUCUCACCGAGGCGCUCAAGGCCAUGGACAAAAUGUACCUCAGCAACAACCCCAACAGCCACACGGACAGCAGCACCAAAAGCGGCGACAAAGAGGAGAAGCACCGAAAGUGAGGAUCCAGCCCCUCCUCUUCCUCCUCCCCCUCCCCGCAGCCAGCAUCCAGCCAGGCAACUCCUGCCUCCCCUCCCCCGUGCCCUCCUGCCCGGCCUGCUCUCCUGACUCCGCAGGACUGCUCUGCCCUCCCCCUCCCGGCACCAUCCUCCCAGGGACUCCCAGGUUUGGAGAGAAGAGAUCUGAGGCGGGAGUGGGGGGGGCCCAUGGAGCCAGCAGCAACAAAAAAAGUUCUUUGAGCUCCCGAACUUUUUUGUUUCGAAAUAAGAAACGCAAAAAAGCAGCAAAAGGACCUUUUUUUAAAAAAAAAAUAAAUAAAAAAAAAUAGAUGAAAUGAAAGCAACAAAAAAUAAUCACGCUAAAAAAAAAAAAUCUAUGAGCUUCAUCGGACUGCAAGCACCACCUCCCUUGACACAAACUUCUGGUAAGAUUGUAGCCAUAUGACAAGACAGAAGUGACACACAAAAAAGCAUACAACCCCCAGCGCCCCCUCUGUCCCCAAGCCCCUUCCCCAACAGAAGCCACAGCAAAAGCGAGGCAAAAAGGACUGAUGAUCUUUUAUCAGUAUUGUGAAUAAACUUGAACACAAAACACAGAGCAGUUCCAUGUCUUCAGUUUUAGAACUCUUUCCUGUCCAAGGUAAAGCGACCAACUUGAACUUUCUAAUUGCAACACGAUUCACGGCUCUUCUAUAAGGGAAUCAGUGUUCAUUGUAUGUAUAUAUUUAUUUAUGUGUAAUUUAAUGGGAAUUGUAAAUAUGGUGAGUCUGUUUUAAGCCUUUUUUUAUUUAUCUGGUGAUCUCGUUUACCUCUUGUUUAGUGGGUUUUAAAUCUUCCCCUCUUAGUUCAUCAUGUGGUUCAUGGUACUUAUUUAGAUAUCAGAGGUUUUUUGGGGGGGUUUUCUCUGGGAUUCAUCAUUUUUAGCCCUCUUGUAGCAUGUUAAAGGCGACAAUGAAGCAGCUGAACAAAUUUCAAACAAACAUGAAUUUUUAUAUAUAAUUAGUACUGACAUUUAGUUUCUCAUUGAAAAAGAAAAAAAAAAAGAAAAAAAUCAGUGAUGUUGGACCCCUGGCAAGAUUUUUUUUUUAAAGAAAAGAAAGAAAACAUGUUGGUGGUUUUCCAACCCUUAUGUGCUGUGGCAAAAAGAAAAAAAAUAUUUUCAUCCAUUGUCCUCCUUCUGGAAGCACCAUCAGAGCAAUAAAUUAAUAUUGUCUUUUAGAUCAAGGUUUAGUUUUUCUUUCUUUCUAUUUUUUUUUAAUCCUUUUUUUUGUUUCAAAGAACUUCAAACAUUUGGGACCACCUGGUAUCCUGUAUUUCCACUGGCCAUAUUGGAAGCAGUUAUAGUUGUAUUGUAUUGAGUUGUGCUGGCAGUAGUUUCCAUGCCUGUCAAUGUAUCAUAGUCCUUUGUUGCCCAGAUAAAUAAAUAUUUGAUACGCUU